AUGGGCCUGCUGCCGCCGAUGCGGAGCAUGGCACACAUUGGGUCAAGCCUGCCAGUUCUUGACUUUGUGCACCCAGGCAGUUUGCCAUCCUCGCAAGGAGUCUCCAGGUCAGGAUUACCCCCUUUUGUGUCAGAUGCAGCUCACUUCGGACUGCUCCUGCUUCUUCAUGGCCUUUCAAAAGCCGAUCCAGCGCUGCCCGUCCUGGACCUCGUGCACCUGGACUUGCUUCCGCCUCUUCAGAGUCACGUUUGCACAGGCAGCCUGUUGUCGGUGCUGGACUUUGUGAACGUUGGCCUGUUGCUGCCGUCGAGAAGCACUUGUCACCCUGCCUCAUUGCCGCCGGUUCUGGGCGUGGGCUGUUUUGAGCUGUCUGCACUCGUACUCGAUUCCGUUCAUUUUGGAUCUCUGCUGUUCUUGCGUGCCUUUGGCUGUUUGGACACCUCGGCUUUCGCGUUGGACUUUGUUCACACAGGGCCUGUGCUGCUUCCAAGGAGUUUCGGGCAGCCAGGCCUGUUCUUGUUGGUGCCUGACAGUAUCCAUCUGGGGCUCCCAUCGCCUCUGAAAGGGUUCGCAAAGGUCGAUUUGGCUUCGUUCACAGUGGAUUUUGCAAACUCGGGAUCGUUGCCAUUGCCUCGUAGCUUGUCUCAGCCUGGGCCUUUUCCAUUGGCUUCGGAUCUUACAGAUUCUGGAUCUUCGCCGCUGCCACGAAAUUCUGGCAGGCUUGGACUGUUGUUGUUUGCAUGCGGAGUUACGCGGCCGGGACUUCUUCUGCCCGUGCCUGACGGCAUCCUUCCAGACCCGCCACUUCUGCUGCACGGCCUGGCAUGCAUCGGUCCUGGACUGUUCGUUCUGGAUCUCGUCCACACCGGGUCCUUGCCUCCUUCACGAGGUCUCAGUCGAACGGGGGUGGGUCUAUUGGCAUUAGACGCAGUUCACAUGGGCCUGCUGCCGCCGAUGCGGAGCAUGGCACACAUUGGGUCAAGCCUGCCAGUUCUUGACUUUGUGCACCCAGGCAGUUUGCCAUCCUCGCAAGGAGUCUCCAGGUCAGGAUUACCCCCUUUUGUGUCAGAUGCGGCUCACUUCGGACUGCUCCUGCUUCUUCAUGGCCUUUCAAAAGCCGAUCCAGCGCUGCCCGUCCUGGACCUCGUGCAGCUGGACUUGCUUCCGCUUGCUCAGAGCUGCGUCCAUUUGGGUUCGUCACUGCCCGUUCUUGACCUUGGCCACGCAGGUGUUUCGGUUCUUGUCUUGGACUUUUCGCACUUGGGAUUGCCUUUCUUCUUGCAGUCAUUCGCGCACCUUGGCCUGGCAGUGCUUGCCACGGAUCUCUUGCAGGCAGGGCCCGGACCGCUUCUUCGAGGUCGUGCUUGUUCAGAAUCCGCGCUGUUUGUGUGGGAUCCUGUACGCCUCGGCUCCUUCGUAUCCACACGCAGCCAUUGCUGGACCGAAUCUGUGCUGCUGGUGCUGGAUCGCGCAAGCAUGGGCUUUCCGGUCAGUAUUCGCAGCCUUGCACGCUCGGGUUUUUUGGUUUUAGCUCCGGAUGUGGCUACAGCAGAGCCAUUCUCGUCACUACAUUGCCACUGCUACUCCGGAUUUCUGACUUCUGUGCUGGGAGUCACAUGGCUGAAUGCGUCGUCAUUAGCACUGGACUUCGUGAAUCCCGGAUCUCUGCCGCUGCUCCGCGGAGUUGCCAGGCUAGAUCUCCUGUCGUCUGUGGUAGACCUUGUGCACUUCGACCUGCUCCCUCCCUCGAAGGGUCUUGCGUGGCCCGGCCCAGUGGCUUUUGCUCCUGAUCCUGCGCACCCAGACUUGCCAUCUCCGUCACAGGGAGUCUCGCGGGCAGGAAGUGUGCUGCCUGCGCCCGACUCCGUGCAUCCUGGUUCCUCAUCGUUCUCGCAAGGUGCCAGCUGCUUGGAUUCCUCGCCUUCUGUUCCAGCCGUCUGUGAGUUUGGACUGUCGAAUGGCGUGCGUCGGAUUCCUGACGCUGGCUUUGGAUUCCGUUGGCUUGGGCUCCCCAUCACCUUCACGAGGCUAGAUCUCCUGUCGUCUGUGGUAGACCUUGUGCACUUCGACCUGCUCCCUCCCUCGAAGGGUCUUGCGUGGCCCGGCCCAGUGGCUUUUGCUCCUGAUCCUGUGCACCCAGACUUGCCAUCUCCGUCACAGGGAGUCUCGCGGGCAGGAAGUGUGCUGCCUGCGUCUGUGAGUUUGGACUGUCGUCGCCUGUACAUGGACUUGCCAGGAAUGGCGUGCGUCGGAUUCCUGACGCUGGCUUUGGAUUCCGUUGGCUUGGGCUCCCCAUCACCUUCACGAGGUGGCUCACGGUGUGACUCCUUGAUGCUGGCACCGAGCUUUGUGCAGUUCGGCUUGCUUGUGCUAGAUCUCCUGUCGUCUGUGGUAGACCUUGUGCACUUCGACCUGAAGUGUGCUGCCUGCGCCCGACUCCGUGCAUCCUGGUUCCUCAUCGUUCUCGCAAGGGGCGUAUCUCGAUUAGAAGUGGUCUUGUUUGUUCUGGAUCUUGUGCACACUGGCCCGUCCUCGUUCUCGCGCCACCCUGCUCGAAGCGGAUCGUCGCUGCUGGUGCCAGGAAUGGCGUGCGUCGGAUUCCUGACGCUGGCUUUGGAUUCCGUUGGCUUGGGCUCCCCAUCACCUUCACGAGGUGGCUCACGGUGUGACUCCUUGAUGCUGGCACCGAGCUUUGUGCAGUUCGGCUUGCUUGUGCUAGAUCUCCUGUCGUCUGUGGUAGACCUUGUGCACUUCGACCUGAAGUGUGCUGCCUGCGCCCGACUCCGUGCAUCCUGGUUCCUCAUCGUUCUCGCAAGGCCUUACAUGACUUGGUCUUUCUUUGUUUCUGCUAGGAGGGGCAAGGCGUCUGUGAGUUUGGACUGUCGUCGCCUGUACAUGGACUUGCCAGGAAUGGCGUGCGUCGGAUUCCUGACGCUGGCUUUGGAUUCCGUUGGCUUGGGCUCCCCAUCACCUUCACGAGGUGGCUCACGGUGUGACUCCUUGAUGCUGGCACCGAGCUUUGUGCAGUUCGGCUUGCUUGUGCUAGAUCUCCUGUCGUCUGUGGUAGACCUUGUGCAUUUCGACCUGCUCCCUCCCUCGAAGGGUCUUGCGUGGCCCGGCCCAGUGGCUUUUGCUCCUGAUCCUGUGCACCCAGACUUGCCAUCUCCGUCACAGGGAGUCUCGCGGGCAGGAAGUGUGCUGCCUGCGCCCGACUCCGUGCAUCCUGGUUCCUCAUCGUUCUCGCAAGGAAUGGCGUGCGUCGGAUUCCUGACGCUGGCUUUGGAUUCCGUUGGCUUGGGCUCCCCAUCACCUUCACGAGGCGCGUCCCAGCCUGAUCUUGUCCUGUUGGUUCUGGAUGCCUCGCACCUGGGUUCCGUGCUGUUCCCUCGCAGCUUUGCGCACCCGGCAGAUGCCCCUCCGCCCGUUCCCGGCAUCUCGCGAGCGGGUCCUUCCGCACUGGCACCUGACUUUACACAGUCGGAGUCACCGUCGUCCCUGCACGGCUGGGCGCACCUCGGCCCCUCUCCUUCCGUGCUGGGCCUUGCUCAUCCGGGAUUUCCUACACCGCUGCACGGACUUUCUUGGGUCGGAAGUGUUUCGCUGGUGCUGGAUCUCGUUCACCUGGACCUCUUCUUGCUUUCGAGAGGUGCUGCCUGGACCGAGCCUGUUUUGUUUGUGCUGCAGGGUGCAUCUUUGGAUUCAUUGCCGUUUCUACGAAGUGCAGCAUGCCUGGACACAGCUUUGCUUGCACUUGAUUGUGCUCAGCUAGGGUCCCCUCUGCUGUUGCGGGGGCCAUCGCACAUGGAGCCUUCCUUGCCAGCAUCAGAUCUUGCAGUCUGCAGCUCAUCUUUACCUCUGCAUUGUUCUGCUCACACUGACUUGGUGUUGUCUGCAACGGGCGUGAGCUGGAUGGAUUCGUCACCUCCAGCGCUGGCUGCCUGUGAGCUCGGACCACCAUUGCCUCUGCGCGGGCGUGCAAAGCUUGGCAUCUCAGCACUGGCAUCAGACUGCUCGGCACCGGGCCUAUCUCUGCUGUUACGAGGGGCAGCGCAGAUGGGUUUCCCGCUACUUGUGUCGGACUUUGUUGGCUUGGGCUCCCCAUCACCUUUGCGCAGUGGUUCGCAAUGUGACUCCUCCCUGCUGGCAUCGAGCCAUGUGCAGUCUGGCUUGCCUCUGUCUCUUCACAGUGUGUCCCGGACGGAGUUUGCACUUCUUGUGUCGGAAGCUGCCAGUCCAGACUUGUUGUUAUUGUUGCGAGGUGGGUCCCAGCCUGAUCUUGCCUUGUUGGUUCUGGAUGCCUCGCACCUGGGUUCCGUGCUGUUCCCUCGCAGCUUUGCGCACCCGGGUUCGCCACUUCUUGCGCCCGACGUGGUGCAUGCAGACCUGUCUCUGCUGCUGCAGUUGCUGGGCUUUGCUCAUCUGGGAUUUCCUACACCGCUGCACGGACUUUCUUGGAUCGGAAGUGUUCCGCUGGUGCUGGAUCUCGUUCACCUGGACCUCUUCUUGCUUUCGAGAGGUGCUGCCUGGACCGAGCCUGUUUUGUUGGUGCUGCAGGGCGCAUCAUUGGAUUCAUUGCCGUUUCUACGAAGUGCAGCAUGCAUGGACACAGCUUUGCUUGCACUUGAUUGUGCUCAGCUAGGGUCCCCUCUGCUGUUGCGGGGGCCAUCGCACAUGGAGCCUUCCUUGCCAGCAUCAGAUCUUGCAGUCUGCAGCUCAUCUUUACCUCUGCAUUGUUCUGCUCACACUGACUUGGUGUUGUCUGCAACGGGCGUGAGCUGGAUGGAUUCGUCACCUCCAGCGCUGGCUGCCUGUGAGCUCGGACCACCAUUGCCUCUGCGCGGGCGUGCAAAGCUUGGCAUCUCAGCACUGGCAUCAGACUGCUCGGCACCGGGCCUAUCUCUGCUGUUACGAGGGGCAGCGCAGAUGGGUUUCCCACUACUUGUGUCGGACUUUGUUGGCUUGGGCUCCCCAUCACCUUUGCGCAGUGGUUCGCAAUGUGACUCCUCGCUGCUGGCAUCGAGCCAUGUGCAGUCUGGCUUGCCUCUGUCUCUUCACAGUGUGUCCCGGACGGAGUUUGCACUUCUUGUGUCGGAAGCUGCCAGUCCAGACUUGUUGUUAUUGUUGCGAGGUGGGUCCCAGCCUGAUCUUGCCUUGUUGGUUCUGGAUGCCUCGCACCUGGGUUCCGUGAUGUUGCCUCGCAGCUUUGCGCACCCGGGUUUGCCACUUCUUGCGCCCGACGUGGUGCAUGCAGACCCGUCUUUGCUGCUGCAGUUGCUGGGCUUUGCUCAUCUGGGAUUUCCUACACCGCUGCACGGACUUUCUUGGGUCGGAAGUGUUCCGCUGGUGCUGGAUCUCGUUCACCUGGACUUCUUCUUGCUUUCGAGAGGUGCUGCCUGGACCGAGCCUGCUUUGUUUGUGCUGCAGGGUGCAUCUUUAGAUUCAUUGCCGUUUCUACGAAGUGCAGCAUGCCUGGACACAGCUUUGCUUGCACUUGAUUGUGCUCAGCUCGGGUCCCCUCUGCUGUUGCGGGGGUCAUCGCACAUGGAGCCUUCCUUGCCAGCAUCAGAUCUCGCAGUCUGCAGCUCAUCUUUACCUCUGCAUUGUUCUGCUCACACUGACUUGGUGUUGUCUGCAACGGGCGUGAGCUGGAUGGAUUCGUUACCUCCAGUACUGGCUGUCUGUGAGCUCGGACCACCGUUGCCUCCUCGCGGGCGUGCAAAGCUUGGCAUCUCAGCACUGGCGUCAGACUGCUCGGCACCGGGCCUAUCUCUGCUGUUACGAGGGGCAGCGCAGAUGGGUUUCCCGCUACUUGUGUCGGACUUUGUUGGCUUGGGCUCCCCAUCACCUUUGCGCAGUGGUUCGCAAUGUGACUCCUCGCUGCUGGCAUCGAGCCAUGUGCAGUCUGGCUUGCCUCCGUCUCUUCACAGUGUGUCCCGGACGGACUUUGCACUUCUUGUGUCGGAAGCUGCCAGUCCAGACUUGUUGUUAUUGUUGCGAGGUGGGUCCCAGCCUGAUCUUGCCUUGCUGGUUCUGGAUGCCUCGCACCUGGGUUCCGUGCUGUUCCCUCGCAGCUUUGCGCACCCGGGUUCGCCACUUCUUGCGCCCGACGUGGUGCAUGCAGACCUGUCUCUGCUGCUGCAGUUGCUGGGCUUUGCUCAUCUGGGAUUUCCUACACCGCUGCACGGACUUUCUUGGGUCGGAAGUGUUCCGCUGGUGAUGGAUCUCGUUCACCUGGACUUCUUCUUGCUUUCGAGAGGUGCUGCCUGGACCGAGCCUGUUUUGUUGGUGCUGCAGGGUGCAUCUUUGGAUUUAUUGCCGUUUCUACGAAGUGCAGCAUGCAUGGACACAGCUUUGCUUGCACUUGAUUGUGCUCAGCUAGGGUCCCCUCUGCUGUUGCGGGGGCCAUCGCACAUGGAGCCUUCCUCGCCAGCAUCAGAUCUUGCAGUCUGCAGCUCAUCUUUACCUCUGCAUUGUUCUGCUCACACUGACUUGGUGUUGUCUGCAACGGGCGUGAGCUGGAUGGAUUCGUCACCUCCAGCGCUGGCUGCCUGUGAGCUCGGACCACCAUUGCCUCUGCGCGGGCGUGCAAAGCUUGGCAUCUCAGCACUGGCAUCAGACUGCUCGGCACCGGGCCUAUCUCUGCUGUUACGAGGGGCAGCGCAGAUGGGUUUCCCGCUACUUGUGUCGGACUUUGUUGGCUUGGGCUCCCCAUCACCUUUGCGCAGUGGUUCGCAAUGUGACUCCUCGCUGCUGGCAUCGAGCCAUGUGCAGUCUGGCUUGCCUCUGUCUCUUCACAGUGUGUCCCGGACAGACUUUGCACUUCUUGUGUCGGAAGCUGCCAGUCCAGACUUGUUGUUAUUGUUGCGAGGUGGGUCCCAGCCUGAUCUUGCCUUGUUGGUUCUGGAUGCCUCGCACCUGGGUUCCGUGCUGUUCCCUCGCAGCUUUGCGCACCCGGGUUCGCCACUUCUUGCGCCCGACGUGGUGCAUGCAGACCUGUCUCUGCUGCUGCAGUUGCUGGGCUUUGCUCAUCUGGGAUUUCCUACACCGCUGCACGGACUUUCUUGGGUCGGAAGUGUUUCGCUGGUGAUGGAUCUCGUUCACCUGGACUUCUUCUUGCUUUCGAGAGGUGCUGCUUGGACCGAGCCUGUUUUGUUUGUGCCGCAGGGUGCAUCAUUGGAUUCAUUUCCGCUUCUACAAAGUGCAGCUUGCAUGGACGCGUCCCUGCCUGCAUCAGAUCUUGCCGUCUACAGCUCAUCUUUACCGCUGCAGUGUUCUGCUCACACUGACCUGGUGUUGUCUGCAACGGGCGUGAGCUGGAUGGAUUCGUUACCUCCAGUGCUGGCUGCCUGUGAGCUCGGACCACCAUUGCCUCUGCGCGGGCGUGCAAAGCUUGGCAUCUCAGCACUGGCAUCAGACUGCUCGGCACCGGGCCUAUCUCUGCUGUUACGAGGGGCAGCGCAGAUGGGUUUCCCGCUACUUGUGUCGGACUUUGUUGGCUUGGGCUCCCCAUCACCUUUGCGCAGUGGUUCGCAAUGUGACUCCUCGCUGCUGGCAUCGAGCCAUGUGCAGUCUGGCUUGCCUCCGUCUCUUCACAGUGUGUCCCGGACGGACUUUGCACUUCUUGUGUCGGAAGCUGCCAGUCCAGACUUGUUGUUAUUGUUGCGAGGUGGGUCCCAGCCUGAUCUUGCCUUGCUGGUUCUGGAUGCCUCGCACCUGGGUUCCGUGCUGUUCCCUCGCAGCUUUGCGCACCCGGGUUCGCCACUUCUUGCGCCCGACGUGGUGCAUGCAGACCUGUCUCUGCUGCUGCAGUUGCUGGGCUUUGCUCAUCUGGGAUUCCCCACACCGCUGCACGGACUUGCUUGGAUCGGAAGUGUUCCGCUGGUGCUGGAUCUCGUUCACAUGGACUUCUUCUUGCUUUCGAGAGGUGCUGCCUGGACCGAGCCUGUUUUGUUUGUGCCGCAGGGUGCAUCUUUGGAUUCAUUGCCGUUUCUACGAAGUGCAGCAUGCCUGGACACAGCUUUGCUUGCACUUGAUUGUGCUCAGCUAGGGUCCCCUCUGCUGUUGCGGGGGCCAUCACACUCAGAGCCCUCCUUGCCAGCAUCAGAUCUUGCAGUCUGCAGCUCAUCUUUACCUCUGCAUUGUUCUGCUCACACUGACUUGGUGUUGUCUGCAACGGGCGUGAGCUGGAUGGAUUCGUUACCUCCAGUACUGGCUGCCUGUGAGCUCGGACUACCAUUGCCUCCUCGCGGGCGUGCAAAGCUUGGCAUCUCAGCACUGGCAUCAGACUGCUCGGCACCGGGCCUAUCUCUGCUGUUACGAGGGGCGGCGCAGAUGGGUUUCCUGCUGCUUGUGUCGGACUUUGUUGGCUUGGGCUCCCCAUCACCUUUGCGCAGUGGUUCGCAAUGUGACUCCUCGCUGCUGGCAUCGAGCCAUGUGCAGUCUGGCUUGCCUCCGUCUCUUCACAGUGUGUCCUGGACGGACUUUGCACUUCUUGUGUCGGAAGCUGCCAGUCCAGACUUGUUGGUGUUGUUGAGGGGCGUAUUUCAACCUGAAUUGGCCUUGUUGGUUGUGAGUACGUCAUCCUUCGGUUCACCGCCGCCCUUACAGCUAGAUCUCCCGUCGUCUGUGGUAGACCUUGUGCACUUCGACCUGCUCCCUCCCUCGAAGGGUCUGGCGUGGCCCGGCCCAGUGCCUUUGGCCCCUGAUCCGGCGCAACCAGGCUUGGCAUCGCCGUCACGGGGAGUGUCGUGUGCAGGAAGCGUGAUGUUUGCAGCUGACUCUACCCACCUCGAUCUACCACCAUCCUCACAGAGCUCUGUGCAAACCGCUUUGCUCAUGUCGCUGUCAGGAGUUGCAAAAUCUGAGUUGUUUCUGUUUGCCUUGGGGGUCUCACAUUCUGGUUCCGCGCUGCUUCUGCAUGGAUCUGCACAAGUUGGUGUGUUUUUGAGUGUGCCAGAUGCUACCCAGCUUGGAUUUCUUCUGUUGUUGAGGGGUCCAGCGCAGCUGGAGCUUGGGUUGCCGGCAGCAGAUUUCAUUGCUCUAGGACCCUCCUCGUCACUGCAGGGGUGCUCGCACCCUGGCAGCACGCCACUCGUUCUUGACAGCACGCAAUUGGGUCUGUCCUCGCUUCCAAGGGGCGCGUCGAAGUCGGAGGUUGGCAUGCUCGUGUUAGACGUUGUGCGCACUGACCUACUGCUGUUAUCACGUCACUUUGCUCAGCUCAGUUUGUUGCUGCCGGCGCUGGGCGGCAGUCGCAUGGACGUCUCACUUUCAGUGCUGUCCGUCGCCACGCUGGAGUCCUCCCUGCUACCUCAAGGCCACCAACGCUCGGGUCGCACACCUCCCGUACCUGACAACGCAAAUCCAGAAUCUUGCCUGUUACUUCGAAGCACUGCCAGGCUGGGAAGCUCCCUGCCAGCGUCCGACAGUGCCUACUCUGGCUUUUUCUCGCCUGUCAGGGGCUGCCUGAAGUCAGGCUUCGCUUCCUGUACUCAGGUGAACCAUCUCGUUGGCAGCACACCGUUUGUGACUGGAAUCACGUGCCUGGAGGGCUUCCUGCUGGUCUUGGACUUCUCACAUCUGGGCUUUCUUCCUCCAUCGCAUGGUCCCGCCUGUCUUGAGCUCAUCCCGCCCGCAUCAGAUAGUGUCAGCCCCGGUUCUGCACCACUAUUGCAAGCACCCACCUGGCCAAACUUGGUGUUGCAGUCGAUGUGGCCCAGCUUUAUCGGUGUUGGAGCUGGUGCAACUAAGUCCGCUGCUUCCUUUAAAGAGCUGUGCACGGCCAGGGUCAUCGCCCUUUGCACCGCAUUCUGCUGGCCUCGGAAGUUCACCAUUCUCGAGAAGCCUAGCAUGAGUGGAUGCGCCUAUGUCAGCAUUGUCCACAGCCCGGUCUGGUUCCGCCACGCCAGUGCUUGGGCGCACUUCCUCAGGUCCCUUCCUGUUCUUGCACGGCUCGGCGCGUCCCGAUUUCUUUUCGCUGGUUCUUGA